GUCUAGCGGGAAUGAAAAAUCCACUUCACAAAAGUUUAGAAUAAUCUUCAUUUUAGUCCCUAAGAGACGGUUACAAGGCGUAUACGAUACGAUCGAUAGAAUCCUUAAGAUGCCAGUGAUAAUUUGACCAAAGAUCAAUCAGAUUUUAUAAGUUGGUGUUGGUUGUACUGCUUCGUUAAUCUUGUUGUCAGAUAUUGUCAUGGCUCCAGUAGAAUAUAAACCUGGUGACAAGAUAUUUGCCAAGGUGAAGGGAUACCCCCACUGGCCUGCUAGAAUUGAUGAAGUGCCAGAGGGUGGCCCUAAACCUCCAAAGGGGAAAUACCCAAUCUUCUUCUAUGGCACACAUGAAACUGCCACACUUGCACCAAAAGAUAUCUUCCCAUAUGAAAAGAACAAAGAGAAGUUUGGCAAGGAGAAACCAAGAGCAGGUUUCAAUGAUGGCCUCUGGGAGAUUGAAAAUAAUCCUAACAUCAAGUUUGGUGCUGAAAAACAGGAAGUUACCACUGAGGAGAGUGUUGAGGAGGAAGAGGAGGAGAAGAUGGAAGUUGAGGAGGAGCAUAUCCUCUCACCAUCCUCUCCAUCAGGAAGCUCCAGCAGUGGAGACUCAGAUGAUGAGAAGUUGGUCGUGGAUGAGGGCAAAGCAAAUAAGAAAGGAAAGUCGGCUAAGAAGCCAGCUCCUAAAGGAAAAAGAAAGAGCAGUGUAGAAAAUAAGAAACCUGUGAAGAGGCAGAAAAAAGAGGAGGCUCCACUAGCUGAAGAGGAAGAUUUUGAUGAAGAGACUCCGCCUCCAUCUGAUGAUGAGGAAGACUCUGACUUUGAAGUCGAAGAAACCAAAAAGAAAAAGGCUCCUGCUAGGAAAGCUAAGGGAAAGGGCAAAAAGAAGGAGGAAUCUGAAGACAGUUCAGAUGAUGAUGAUGCAGCCAGUGAAGAAGAUAAAGAAUCAGAAGCUGAGAGUGAAGAUUCCGAAGCUAAGGUAGAAAAACCAAAGAAAAAAUCUCCAGCGAAGAAAGCACCUGCAGCUAAAAAAGGUGCUGCAAAGGCUGCUGGGAAGAAGAAACCUGCUGUGGUGCUAUCCAGUGACAGCGACGACUCUGACUCAGACAGUGAUGAAGAUGAAAAGAAGAAAGCCAAAGAUGCUGAGAAAAAGAAAGCAAUGGAGGAGAAACUGAAAGAAGCAGAAGAGAAAAAGGCCAAGGAACAGCAAGAGAGAGUAAAACAAGCACGUGAAGAGUUGAAGAAGGAAAAGGCUGCCAAAGGAGAGAAAGAUGACAGUGAAUCCAGUGGAGAUGAAGAUGUCAAGAAAGAUAAAGUGCAGAAACAAAAGAAGAAAGAAACAAAAGAAAAGCCAGAGAAAAAAGAAUCAAAGUCUACACCUAAGAACACUCCUAAGAAUACGCCAAAAACAAAGUCGAAAGAUCUGAAAAAAGACACCCCAAAAUCAACUCCUAAAUCAACAUCGAAGAAAGACAAACUCAAAGAAGAAAAGAAGAGUGAAAAGAAAAGUGAAAACAAGAAAGAAAAGAAAUCAAAGAAAGCUAAAAUUGACAGCGAAAGUGAGAGUGAAGAGGAACCUCCAAGAAAAAUAAUAGAUGGCGUGCCAGAACCAAGAACUGCUGCAGAAAAAUUCCAGUUUGAGGAAGCUACGAGGAUUAAUAGACUAAAACGUGAAGAGCAGAUAAGAACUGGAGUACUUGUGCCUGAGGAGGUUCAACAUAAGAGGGAUGAGGCAGAACGCAAACGAAGAGGUGAAACUAAAGAGCAAGAAAAAGAAAGGAAAAAGCGAGAAAAACUGGAACAGAAAAAGAAAGAAAAAAUCAAUUUAUUGAAGACUGAACAUAUUGUGCAAAAUAUGGAUGUGGAAAUCAAACGUUCUCUCAGGAUGGGAGCUACGGACCAUGAUAGAUGUGUUGCACUGAUGAAUGAACUCCAGACUCUACCGAUCUCUCCUCUCAUGUUAAAGAAAAAUCCUGAAAUAGUCGCAACCAUUCGUAAGUGUCGUAAAUACAAAGGUGACGAGCGAAUACGAAACAAGGCAGAUCAUCUUUACAACAAAUUCAAGGCUCUGUUUAUGAUUCCAGAAGGGCAAGACUUUUUACAGGUGUUCAGUAGAGAAGCCAAAGAAUAUCAGAAGGAAGACAAGCUGAAGCUGCAGAAAGAAAAGGAAGUCAAAGACAAAGAAAAACAAAAAGAAAAUAAAGAAAAUCUUCAAGACAAAGAACCCUCUGUCACAGCAGCCACUACUCCCGCAGCUACAGAUGCUUCUCCUGUAAAUGGCGCUCCUGUUGAAACAGAACUAGUAAACUCAACUACAGCAUCUGGUGGUGAACCUGCCAACCCAGACGAAGCCACUCAAAAUACUUCCAAUGACGUUAACAAUACAAAUGUAAAUACAGACAUAAGUCCUGCCAUUGAAAAUGAAGGCACAAAAGACAGUGAAGAUUCCAAAUCGCAAACUCAAGAACUUACUGAUCACAAAGACAACACUGAUGUUGUUGAUAGUAAGGUCGAGGAUGUUAAUAAUGUUGAAGACUCUAAAAAUGAGGAUGAAUCUAAUAAGGAUACCUCAGAAGAGCCAGAAAAAAUGGCAACAGAAAUCACAAACACUGACCAAAAAAUAGAUGAUUUUGAUGCUUUAGAGAAAAUGGAAGUCGAUGAACCCACUCCUAAAGUUUUGGAAUCUGUUGACAGUAAUAAAAAUGAAGUGGCAGAGACUGAUGAAAAGGUCCCUGCUGUGGAUGAAGAUUCAAAAGAUGGUGCAGAGAAAGUCACUGACCCUAAGCCAGAGGAAGUUUCCAUUGUUCCAAAGGAUAAAAUUAUUGAAGUGUUUUUUGAUGCCAAGGAAACUCAGGAGGAAAAUGGCGAAAAGCCACAGACGCCAGAGGAACACCAGGAUCUAGAUGCCAGGAUAGCUCAGAUUAUCAAAAGCACAAAAGAUACGCCUCCCCCAGUGAAAAAGACUAGUAAAGCUCCAAAAGCAAAGGCCAAAACUCCUACUGGAGAUGACAUUAUGGACGAUGAGGAACUACAUAGCUUACUGGGUGUAUGAUGACUCAGAACCUUUGUAGAUCUAGCAUAAAAGAUACUGUGUGUUUGCAUGGAAACUAGCAUAGUGAGGACUGAAUGUUCCCCAAGAGAGAAACGUGAAGAGAAUGUGACAGUAGCAUCAUAGACAUAGUUAAUGCUGAUAUUCAUGGUUGUAUGAAAAAGAUGGAAAGGAAUGACAGUUGGAUUAUUAACGUGGCAUAUGCUGAUGUUGCUGGCUUGAAAAACAUUAGAAAGAGAAAAGUAAUUGGUUUCAAUAUGACCUUUCAGAAGUGUUAAUUUAAAUUUUUCCUCAGAAAAUACCCCAUGUUAAAUAUACUUUCAUACAUGCUUUGAAUGUCUACCAUAGCUUUGCAAUGUAAACCAUUUGUUAUACACAUCCACAUGUACCAGUAUAUGUACUGAUCAAUAGUUGGGUGGCUGGCUUCUAGCACCAGUUGUUAGUUACUUGAGUUAGGUCAAUUAAUACCCAUAACCUGAUUCCAAAAGGGGCAACUGAGUUACAUUAAAGUGGGAACCAGUCAAUCAGCUUUACUGAGUGACUUUCAUUACCAGGUAACAUGGUAACAGUUCCACCAGAAAAACUUGGGAUUUUCGUAACAACAAAUGAAGAAAAUCAACUGUCCUCUUGUCUGCCCCGUCGCUAAUUAAGCCCAACAUUUCUAAAUCUGACCAAUGACUUUUGUCUUGUUAAGUGACAAUUUGCCCGAUCCACACUCAACGACUCAACCAACCACUAUGAAUAGUUAUACAUGUAUCAUUACUUUAUACUACCAGCCAAGUGUUCAUAUGACAUGUAUGAAGACACACUCUUCACUGUCAAAUAUUCCCAUGCCAGUACAAGUAGUUUCUGAACACCGGGGGGAUGUUCAUCAGUACUACCAGAACCUUCAGUUUGUACAGUGCUGCAUCCACUUCAACUGUUUACAAAACAUUUAGGUGAGAACAAUGUAAAAAUAAAAUGUGAAGCUUUAGUUGAUGGAUUUUUCCUCUUGCUACCAGAGUUGAUUGUGGUAGUUUAAAACGUGGCCUCUGUUAUGAAUUCAAUGUCAUACCACAAGUCAUACCAUAUGAUCGCUAGAGCAUAAUUUUGCAUGCAUCAUCAAAUGAAAUCUUUCAAAUGAAUUUAAUGUGUAGAACUUUUAAACUGAAACGUUACACAGGAUUUGUGCAUGAUCUGCAUGAAUAGAAGCAUUCCUUAUGAAAUCAAAGGUGUAUUGGAAAUGUAUGAAUUGUUACGAUAGACUACUGUAGUUCCACGCAUACUAUGACAGUUAGACAGUUAGAUAUCUUAGUUCUUGAUUAAUUCAAUUGGCAUCGGAGAGUAUUAAUCCACAAAGUGAAUGACAAAACAAUGUGUAAAUACCAAACAUAUUUUUGAGUCAAACAUGUAGGUAUGUGUUUUCUUUUUGUUGGAAUUAUUUCGAACUAUCACUCAAAGGGGAGAGGUCUAUAAAGGAUUUCCUUAAUUUUCUCUGUGAUUGAAUAUUCACUGAUUGUCCCAUUUUAGAUUGUAUCUAAAGUUAACUGCUUGCUCAUUUCACAUUUUGUUUAGAUUUAAUUCUAACUUUUAUAUUACUGAAUAAUAUACAUUCAUAUAUGGUAUAUAAAGAUGUUCAUCUUCAAUUCUUUUAGAUUGAUGAUGUAUUAUGACUAUUUGUAGAUUUUUAAAGGUACAAUCAUGAAUUACUAUGUAGAGUUACAUGUAAAAUAAUUACACAAUAAAUUGUAUCAGUAAAA